CCAAAUUAUUUUAUUAUGAUAAACAACAAUCAUGUAAUAACUCCGCCUCGAUCACCAAAAUCUGGACGUAGGAAGCGAUAUCCGGCCGAUAUUCCAGACAUUGACUUUGAUGAUGGAGUUGGCGAGCCUCCUUUUCAAUUUGACUCUAGCGAUUUAGGAUCGCCAAAAAAGGUUUGGUCUUUGUUGUGUGAGAAAGACGAAAAAUAUAAGCGUGACCCGCAUCUCUUUCUACGUCAACAAAGGAUUAAUCCUAAAAUGAGGGCAAUGCUUAUUGACUGGCUAAUGGAUGUCUGUGCAGACAAACAUUUGCAUCGAGAGACUUUCCACCUAUGUGUUGACUAUGUUGACCGUUAUUUGGGUUUAGGCAGCAAUUUUGACUUUAAUCAUCAAAUUUCUCCUGGGAAUCUUCAAUUAAUUGGAUCUACUGCUCUUGUCAUUGCUUCUAAAAUUGAGGAAAUUUAUCCUCCAAAAGUAGCCGAAAUUGCUGAUUUCACUGAUGGGUUAGUUUUGAGUUUUAAUUUAAUUCAAAGAUUUUUUUAUUUUUGUUGUUGCGAGGAUCAGGAUAUUCGUGAUCUUGAGGAAAUUAUGCUUCAACGAUUAGAGUGGAAUUGUUAUCCAAUUACUGCCGUUCAUUGGUUGGCACUUUACAUGCAAUUAAUGAAUACUUGUGAUGUGUUGCCGGCUCAGCAAGUUAUUGUUUCUGCUGAAAACGAAGCUCGUUGUUCCAACGCAUCAGACUGCAGUAUGUUAAGCGCUGGUUCUCGUGUUGCUGGUUUGAAUGUUAGCAUUGUUACUGCUUUGCCUGAAGAAGAUGAAAAUUUGACGGAUGAAGGGGAUGAUAGUGAGAAUCAAACGCCUAAUGGUUCAGAAAGUUCAUCAGAAAAGAGGACCAAAACAUUUCGAAAGACUUGUGCCAGACGCGUAUUUUCCUUCAAUUCUUCGUUUCCUCGAAUGCAACUUUCUCACAUCGGUCUUUCACCUCGUAUUCUUCUCCACACCGCUGCAGCUGAUAUUAGCUAUGUUAGUCAACGCGAAUAUUCCAGUGGCCAUAUUUAUCCUGACCAAAGAUGUUCUGUGCCUAAAUUAAUGCGUGGAGAAUUUGUCAGAGUUGCUAUGGUUUUUUUUUGA